GAAGGAGGGGUUUGUGGUUUUGCCUGCAGAGGUGUCAGGCGUUAUAUUCGUUCUGUUAGUAUAAGAAAGAGAGGACAUAAAAGCAGAAUAUAUAGUGGAAGAAAUAGUCCCGGAAGAAAAAAAAAAAGCGUGUAACGAGGAUAUACAGGCAGUUUUGAGGUUAUUUUUAGAAUAAGGAUUUUCUGAUCUACGUUGCAUGUGAAACCUUACAUCGACAUAAUCAGCGUGACAGACAAGGUUAUACCAUGUCAGGGUCUUACGAAGAGGCAACUACAUCAAUUGAGGACACGACAGACAGCUUUUGGGAGGUCGGGCACUACAAAAGAACAGUGAAGAGGAUUGAUGAUGGACACCGCUUAUGUAAUGAUUUGAUGAGCUGCCUGCAAGACAGAGCUAAAAUAGAGAAAGGUUACGCGCAGCAACUGACUGAGUGGGCUAAGCGUUGGCGUCAGCUUAUUGAGAAAGGUCCUCAGUGUGGCACAUUAGAGCGGGCAUGGGGAUCCCUACUAGUAGAAGCAGAAAAAGUGGCUGAGUUACACCAGGAGGUAAAAAACCGACUGGUAUCAGAAGACAUGGAGAAGGUUCGAAAUUGGCAGAAGGAAGCUUAUCACAAACAAAUGAUGGGAGGAUUCAAGGAGAGCAAAGAAGCUGAGGACGGAUUCCGCAAGGCACAAAAACCUUGGGCCAAAAAGAUUAAGGAGGUGGAGACGGCUAAGAAAGCAUUCCAUAUGGCAUGCAAAGAAGAAAAACUGGCCAGUAUUCGAGAGGCCAGUAGCAAGGCUGACUCCUCCAUUACAACAGAUCAGCUACGGAAAAUGCAAGAUAAAGUCGAAAAGUGCAAGCAGGAUGUGCAAAAGACACAAGAGCGUUAUGAAAAAGUAUUGGAUGAGAUGCAGAAAUUCACUCCGCAGUACAUGGAAAGUAUGGACCUGGUAUUUGAGCAGUGUCAACAGCUGGAAGAGAAACGUCUGCUUUUUCUCAAGGAAGUUCUUCUAGACAUCAAACAUCAUCUCAAUCUUGCGGAAAACAACAGUUAUGCGGUAGUUUACAAGGAGUUGGAGCAAACCAUCCAAAGUUCUGAUGUGCAAGAAGACCUCCGCUGGUUCAGAGCUGCCCAUGGUCCUGGAAUGCAUAUGAACUGGCCACAAUUUGAGGAAUGGAAUCCAGAUCUUACCCACACUGUCACUCGCAAAGAGAAAACUCGUAAGGUAGAGGGAACUACAUCUUCCAAUGUGACUUCAACCUCUGACACCAGCUCCCAAGCUGGAGACCGAGGGAGUGUGAGUAGUUACGAAAAAGCCCAGAUCUACACUGCUGAUUGGUCCGAUGAUGAGGGUGGAAGCAGCGCAUAUCCAGCUGUUGACUCAAAUGGAGGAGCUAACCCAUUUGAGGAGGAGUCUGCUGGAAGAGUUCGUGUUCGAGCACUCUAUGACUAUGAAGGACAAGAGCAAGACGAACUGAGCUUUAAAGCAGGUGAAGAACUGACAAAGUUGGAGGAGGAAGAUGAGCAAGGCUGGUGCAGGGGACAACUGGACAAUGGGCGAGAAGGCCUCUACCCAGCUAAUUAUGUUGCCUUGUCUGAAAAAACCCAAUCUUCCAACAUGCUGUGAUCUUUACAAUCUGAAGGAAGAUGAUUGAUUGACACCAUGUUACUAGACAUUACCCUCCAAAAUAUCCCUGUCACUGCUUCCAAAAAAUAUUAUUCAGAAUAUAUAUUUCCUUUUAAUGUUAGAUGAUAUUAAAAAAUAUGGAAACAUUCCGCAUGUUA